CAAACCUGUGUUGAAUUGUACGCCUGGAAAAUAGGGACCAACCCCAAGAACAAAGGAAGAAACAGUUGAAACUCCUUCCCUUCAGCUUGGUGUUCCCAGGUUUGGAGGAGGAGGAGAGCCGAGAGGCUGCAGAGGAACAGAGGGAGCUUUCAGAGGUGGAAUCGUUCAUCUUGGAUCAGGAUGAUCUGGAAAACCCCAUGCUGGAAACAGCCUCUAAACUGCUGUUGUCGAGUACUGCUGAUGGUGCUGACCUGAGAACAGUAGAUCCUGAAACCCAGGCAAGAUUGGAAGCUUUACUUGAAGCUGCAGGGAUCGGGAAGCUGUCGACGGCCGACGGAAAAGCCUUUGCAGACCCCGAGGUGCUGCGCAGACUGACCUCCUCGGUCAGCUGCGCGCUGGACGAAGCUGCCGCCGCGCUCACCCGGAUGAGGGCCGAGAGCACAGCCAAUGCGGGGCAGACGGACAACCGCAGCUUGGCCGAGGCUUGUUCCGAGGGGGAUGUAAAUGCCGUGCGGAAGUUGCUCAUUGAGGGCCGGAGCGUGAACGAGCACACGGAGGAAGGGGAGAGCCUCCUUUGUCUGGCCUGCUCAGCAGGAUAUUAUGAGCUUGCACAGGUUCUCCUGGCAAUGCACGCCAAUGUGGAGGACCGGGGGAUCAAGGGAGACAUCACGCCCUUGAUGGCUGCUGCCAAUGGUGGCCACGUCAAAAUCGUCAAGCUGCUGCUGGCUCAUGGUGCUGAUGUGAAUGCACAGUCAUCCACAGGCAACACAGCCCUGACCUAUGCCUGUGCUGGAGGCUAUGUGGACGUUGUGAAGGUGCUGCUGGAGUCAGGUGCCAGCAUUGAGGACCACAACGAGAACGGGCACACGCCGCUGAUGGAGGCCGGGAGCGCCGGCCACGUGGAGGUGGCCAGGGUGCUGCUGGAGAACGGGGCUGGCAUCAACACCCAUUCCAACGAGUUCAAGGAGAGUGCACUCACCCUGGCCUGCUACAAAGGCCACCUAGAAAUGGUGAGGUUCCUGCUGGAAGCCGGUGCAGACCAGGAGCACAAGACAGAUGAGAUGCACACUGCUCUCAUGGAGGCUUGCAUGGAUGGCCAUGUGGAAGUGGCAAGAUUACUGCUGGACAGCGGGGCCCAGGUGAACAUGCCUGCGGACUCCUUCGAGUCUCCGCUGACCUUGGCAGCCUGUGGGGGGCACGUGGAGCUGGCAGCUCUGCUCAUCGAGCGCGGAGCCAACCUGGAGGAGGUCAACGACGAAGGGUACACACCACUGAUGGAGGCAGCUCGGGAGGGCCACGAGGAGAUGGUGGCACUGCUGCUGGGGCAAGGGGCGAACAUCAACGCUCAGACGGAGGAGACGCAGGAGACCGCGCUGACUCUGGCUUGCUGCGGAGGCUUUCUGGAGGUGGCAGAUUUCCUCAUUAAGGCAGGAGCUGACAUAGAGCUUGGCUGCUCCACACCGUUGAUGGAGGCUGCUCAAGAGGGCCAUUUGGAGCUGGUUAAAUACUUGUUGGCUGCAGGGGCGAACGUGCACGCGACGACGGCGACGGGCGACACCGCGCUGACCUACGCCUGCGAGAACGGCCACACGGACGUCGCAGAUGUCUUACUGCAGGCUGGUGCAGAUCUGGAACAUGAAUCAGAAGGUGGAAGAACCCCUCUCAUGAAGGCUGCCAGGGCAGGUCAUGUUUGCACUGUUCAGUUCUUGAUUAGCAAAGGAGCCAAUGUGAACAGGACCACAGCCAACAACGACCACACUGUGUUGUCUCUGGCUUGUGCUGGAGGUCACCUGGCAGUGGUGGAGUUACUCCUAGCCCAUGGUGCUGAUCCCACGCACAGACUGAAGGACGGGUCAACUAUGCUUAUCGAGGCAGCCAAAGGUGGUCACACCAGCGUGGUUUGUUACCUGCUAGAUUACCCAAACAACUUGCUUUCUGCUCCUCCACCUGAUGCCACUCAGCUGACCCCACCAUCCCAUGAUUUAAAUAGGGCUCCUCGUGUACCAGUGCAGGCGCUGCCCAUGGUGGUCCCACCCCAGGAGCCUGACAAACCCCCUGCCAACGUCGCCACAACCCUUCCCAUCAGAAACAAAGCUGCUUCUAAACAAAAGUCCAGCAGUCAUUUGCCAGCAAACAACCAGGAUGUACAGGGUUACAUCACCAAUCAGUCUCCAGAGAGCAUUGUAGAAGAGGCUCAGGGCAAGUUGACAGAGCUGGAGCAGAGGAUAAAAGAAGCCAUAGAGAAGAACGCUCAGCUGCAGUCCCUGGAAUUGGCACACGCUGACCAGCUCACCAAAGAGAAGAUUGAGGAGCUGAACAAAACAAGAGAGGAACAAAUCCAGAAGAAACAAAAGAUUUUGGAGGAACUGCAGAAAGUGGAGCGGGAGCUACAGCUGAAAACUCAGCAGCAGCUGAAAAAGCAAUACCUAGAGGUGAAGGCGCAGAGAAUCCAGCUCCAGCAGCAGCAGCAGCAGCAGUCCUGCCAGCACCUGGGACUACUGACUCCCGUGGGGGUCGGAGAGCAGCUCUCAGAGGGAGACUAUGCACGGUUGCAGCAAGUGGACCCCAUCCUGCUCAAGGAUGACCCUCAGCAGGCUGCCGCGCAGACGGGCUUUGCCCCCAUUCAGCCCCUGGCCGUGCCGCAAGCGCUGCCUCUGGCGGCAGGGGCCUUACCUCCGGGGUCCAUCGCUAACCUUACAGAACUGCAAGGUGUGAUAGUUGGACAGCCAGUGCUGGGCCAAGCACAACUAGCAGGGCUGGGGCAAGGAAUACUGACAGAAACACAGCAAGGGUUAAUGGUAGCCAGCCCUGCUCAGACGCUCAAUGACACGCUGGAUGACAUCAUGGCAGCAGUGAGUGGAAGAGCAUCUGCAAUGUCAAACACUCCUACCCACAGCAUUGCCACCUCAGUGUCCCAACCUCAGACGCCGACUCCAAGCCCCAUCAUCUCUCCUUCAGCCAUGCUGCCCAUCUACCCUGCCAUAGAUAUCGAUGCCCAGACUGAGAGUAACCACGACACAGCAUUGACCUUGGCAUGUGCUGGUGGCCACGAGGAGCUGGUACAAACCCUGCUGGAGAGAGGAGCCAACAUUGAGCACAGGGACAAGAAAGGGUUUACUCCUCUUAUUUUGGCUGCUACAGCUGGGCACGUGGGUGUGGUGGAGAUCUUGCUGGAUAAUGGAGCUGAUAUUGAGGCGCAGUCUGAGAGAACCAAGGACACUCCCUUGUCUUUGGCUUGUUCGGGAGGGAGACAAGAGGUGGUGGAGUUGCUGCUAGCUCGAGGGGCAAACAAGGAGCACAGGAAUGUGUCUGAUUACACACCCCUGAGCCUCGCUGCCUCGGGGGGCUACGUGAACAUCAUCAAGAUUCUGCUCAAUGCUGGGGCAGAAAUCAAUUCCAGAACUGGCAGCAAACUGGGUAUUUCCCCCCUGAUGCUGGCAGCCAUGAACGGGCACACUGCUGCUGUCAAGCUGCUGCUGGACAUGGGCUCUGACAUCAACGCCCAGAUCGAGACCAACAGGAACACAGCCCUGACCCUGGCCUGUUUCCAGGGCAGGACCGAGGUGGUCAGCCUGCUGCUCGACAGAAAGGCUAACGUGGAGCACAGAGCUAAGACUGGUCUGACACCAUUAAUGGAAGCAGCGUCCGGGGGCUAUGCAGAAGUGGGCAGAGUCCUGCUGGACAAAGGUGCAGAUGUCAAUGCUCCCCCAGUACCUUCAUCCAGAGACACAGCUUUAACCAUUGCAGCAGACAAAGGGCACUACAAGUUCUGUGAGCUCCUCAUUAGCAGGGGAGCUCACAUCGACGUGCGGAACAAGAAGGGCAACACUCCACUGUGGCUGGCAGCCAACGGAGGCCACCUCGAUGUUGUCCAGCUGCUGGUUCAGGCUGGAGCUGAUGUGGAUGCAGCUGAUAACAGGAAAAUAACCCCUCUCAUGGCAGCCUUCCGAAAGGGCCACGUGAAGGUCGUGCGUUACCUGGUGAAGGAGGUGAACCAGUUCCCAUCCGACUCGGAGUGCAUGAGAUACAUAGCGACCAUCACUGAUAAGGAGAUGCUGAAGAAGUGCCACCUGUGCAUGGAGUCGAUUGUUCAAGCCAAAGACAGACAGGCUGCAGAAGCCAACAAAAACGCAAGCAUUCUGCUGGAGGAGCUGGACCUGGAGAAGCUAAGGGAAGAAAGCAGGAGAUUGGCUUUGGCUGCCAAAAGAGAGAAGAGAAAGGAGAAAAGGAGGAAGAAAAAAGAAGAACAAAGGCGAAAACUAGAAGAAAUAGAAGCAAAAAAUAAAGAGAAUUUUGAACUUCAAGCUGCUCAGGAGAAAGAGAAGUUAAAAGCUGAAGAUGAUCCCGAGGUCCCGAUGGAGCCUCCCAGUGCUACCACCACCACCACCAUAGGUAUAUCUGCCACCUGGACAACAUUAGCAGGUUCCCAUGGGAAGAGGAAUAACACCAUCAGCACCACAAGCUCCAAGAGGAAAAACAGGAAGAACAAAGUAACCCCUGACAACGUGCAGAUUAUAUUUGACGAUCAGCUCCCCAUUUCCUACAGCCAACCCGAGAAGGUGAACGGGGAAUCCAAGAGCAGCAGCACCAGUGAGAGUGGUGACAGUGACAACAUGAGGAUCUCCAGCUGUAGUGACGAAAGCAGCAAUAGCAACAGCAGCCACAAAAGUGACAAUCAUUCUUCUACAGCCGUUACUAACACGCAGAGCAACAAAAAGCAACCCUCGGUGCUUGUCACUUGUCCCAAGGAUGAGAGGAAAGCAGUUCCUGGCAAGUCAUCCAUAAAGUUGUCUGAAGUCAUGAAUGAAGUGACGAGUAAUUCCUUGUCUACUUGCACGAAGUCUGCUCCUUCUCCCCUUUCUUCUCCAAACGGAAAGCUAACCAUUGCUAGUCCUAAACGUGGUCAGAAAAGGGAAGAAGGAUGGAAGGAAGUUGUGAGGAGGUCCAAGAAAGUUUCUGUUCCAUCGACUGUAAUUUCCAGAGUCAUUGGCAGAGGAGGCUGUAACAUCAACGCGAUCCGGGAGUGCACAGGGGCACACAUAGACAUUGACAAACAGAAGGACAAAACUGGAGACAGAAUAAUCACUAUAAGGGGUGGCACCGAGUCGACGCGCCAGGCCACACAGUUGAUCAACGCUCUGAUCAAGGAUCCGGAUAAGGAAAUCGACGAACUCAUUCCAAAGAACCGCUUGAAAAGUGCAACCGCAAACUCCAAAAUAGGCUCCUCUGCACCUGCCACCACUACAGCUGCUAACAGCUCUCUCGUGGGCAUCAAAGUGACCACCGUAGCUGCUUCGUCCGAGCCUCAGACUGCCUCUGCGCUCACAGUGCCU